CUUCGGCCAAGCCGAUCCCGCCCGUUUGACGUCGUUGACGUCGGGGGGACGCCCGUGGCGAGACCGUCGGUCGUUGCGAGACGCCAUGAGCUUGGAGCGGCGGAAGCCGUCGUGGGCUCUGAGAUAGGGUCUUUGGGUCAAACUCUUCGUCAUGGCGGCAGCAGUCAGCGCCAUACAACGAAAAAGAUACCUCGAAGAGUUGGCAAAGACGGAGAGUACCGUGGCCAAGACACCCACCAAGAAGUCCACGAAAGCGACUUUGCCAGAGCUGCCGCAGCCGGGAAGGGGGAUUUGGCGCUGGCAGCGGCAGGCGGCUUGGGUGUACCUCCAAUCUCCGGUUCAGCUCUUUGUGGCUCUGUUGAUUGGAGGGAACUUCAUUGCAAAUAUCGCAGAGAAGUGGAUCGACCCUUCGGGCGACUUGCACAUGGCGACCUGGGAAGGCAUUGAUAUGUUUUUCAAUUCCGUCUUCGCGGUGGAGCUGAUUUGGAAUAUGUAUGCCUUCUGGUUUUGGCCCUUUUGGAAGUCCGGUUGGAACGUCUUUGACUUCGUUGUGGUCACCAUCGGCAUUCUGAACAUGUCAAAGAUCCCCUUGCCUGGACCCCUGAGCUUGCUACGGAUGAUGCGCGCCUUCCGAGUCUUUCGCCUGUUCAAACGCGUGAAGUCCUUGCAUCGCAUCAUUUUGUCCCUGAUGAGUUCUGUGCCGGGCGUCUCCAAUGGCUUUGUUGUCUUGCUAUUGGUCAUGUCCAUCUAUAGCAUUUUGGGCCAAGAGUUCUUCAUGCUCCAUGGUGCCAACUACACCUUUACCAAUGACCAGAACCAGGAAGUGGAACUGGUGACAGCCCGGGGCCUGGAGUAUGGCUAUGACUACUGGGGCAAUUUCGGCUUGGCGCUCUACACCAUGUUCCAAGUCUUCACCCAAGAGUCCUGGGCCGAAGGGAUCGCGCGACCCUUGUUCAACAGCAAUGACAUGUCGCAGCAGUUCGGAGUUGCCUUCUUCUUCGUGAGCUACAUGCUUUGCGUAGGGGUGGCCUUGAUGAACGUGGUGGUGGCGGUGCUGUUGGAAAAGAUGGUAUCUCAUGAACCUGAAGGUGCGGAGAUAGAGGAACCCUUGGGAAGGCUGGACACCUUAGAGUGGCUGGAUGAGCGGCUGGUGAAAGCGGUGCCUGAAAACCUGGAGAAGGUCUGCUUGGACAUUGAGGCAGACUGUCUGGUCCUGAAGCAGCAGCUGGCAACCGUGAAGAGAUCCCUGGACGGCAUCGUUGAAAGCGUGCGGAGCAGCGAACCCGUGAGGACCAGUUAAACUGGGCGCCUCGAGAAACGCGUGAGAAAUGACGGUUUUUUGCGUUUGGAAUGGGGGCCGGAUGGUGCUUGGUUGGUGAGUUUGGG